AUCUCCACUUGUUAGAAACUAUCGUGAUGCAAUUGACAGCCAGACUUGAUUCUAUCGCUCUUUCUCUUUUACACCCUCCUUUUCAUUUUUCCCCGCUUUCCCUUCAUUCUCCUUUGCCUCUGCAUGCGAAUGUAAAGGCGGCCAUCAACUCAAUUUUCCGAGGUAACAUCCUCGUAGUUGGAAUAUCUAAAACCUCGGCAACCGCCAACCCACAUUCUUUUUGAUUCUGUUCCAAUCUCCACCUGUAUGGAGGGACAUAUUCUUGCGCAGAGGCAGGUCCUAAGCGGAAUAGUGUCCAGUGCGACCAGUGCAAUUGGCAACAUCGGCGAUGCAGCCAGCUCAGCAGCCAGUAGUGUUUCAAGCGCGAUCUCGACUUCGAAGGAUUCGUCAGUGUCCACGUCGGUGUCUAGGACCAGUUCUGCUUCAAGCGCAUCCGAGACUUCAAGUUCGUCUUCUUUGACUAGUUCCUCAUCAACUGGGUCGUCAUCAUCUUCCAGCACCACGACAUCUGUGUCUACCUCGGAGACGCUCUCAACGGCACUGAGCAGCAGCAGUUCUGAGUCUGCCACCUCUUCAUUGCCUUCUGUCUCGGAAUCUGUCUAUGAAACGACCUCUGAUGGUGUUACGCGCACCAUGACAUCGUUUAUGAGUGCCGCGGAAGAGUCAGCGACCGGUUCGAGCUCCUCCGCUGCCAGCACUCAAACGGCUGCAACACACAAAUCCUUCCUCCAGAACAAAUCCCUUUCCGGCUUCGUUUUCGCCCUCUGCGGAAUCGUCGGCUUGGUUCUCAUUCUCCUCGUGGUGACCUUCACGCUCCGUCGUAGACGUAAGAACAAGUUGCUCAACGAGGCUAUCUCGUUCGACCCCCAGGGGAGCGUGUAUCCUGACCGUGACAUGGAGGAGAAAUUGACCCAUCAGAGAGCCGUGGAUAGUAUCGGAGGCUCUGUGUCCGGUACUCGCGAAAAUAGCAGCUCCACUGGACAUGGCAUGUAUAUGCCGCCUGCACCCCAUGGUUAUUACGAUGCAGGUUAUGGCCAAGCUGCCAAUGCGUACACUUACACCAAUUACGCACCUCCCAGGCCCGAAGUGCCUAACCCGAAUUAUGAUCACCUCGGUGUUACGCAUAACAUGGGAAGUUUGGCUUUUGAGAACCGUAGCAUGUCUCCUCCGAGGUCGCAGGUCCCUGCUAUGGGGCCUCUACCGAACAAUUUCGGCCAGAAUUAUGCCUCCUAUGGGAUGGCUCAGCCAUAUGAAGGUCGCUAGAUAUCAUUGACAUUACUUAUACCCUUCAUUUCAUGGUCCGCCUUUCAGAUCUGCUCUUGACUCGUGAAAAAUAUCUUGUAUAUAGUAGCCAUUCACCCUCUUGCUCAUAAGUCACAAAACCUACGGCAACAGCCUUACAGUUUUCCUGGAUG